AUGAAGCUCCUCUUCCCCACGGCAUCAUGUUUGCUUUUUGCAGUUAUCAGUGCUGCGACCACCCCUCUCUACAAGGACCCCUCGGCGAGUAUCGAUGACAGAGUCGCAGACCUGCUGUCCCGAAUGACAAUCGAGGACAAGACCGCGCAGAUGGUGCAGGGAGAUAUUGGUAACUGGGUCGACAUGACCACCAACGUCUUCAACGCCACGGGCCUCGCCUGGAACAUGGCCAACCGAGCCGGCCAAUUCUACGUUGGAUACCCUUCUCCCCAACAAUGGAUCAGCGAAGGCAUCAAGAAGGCUCAAGAAUACCUCGUGCACAACACCACUCUCGGUAUCCCAGCGCUGGUCCAGAGCGAAGGGAUACACGGCUUCCUCGCCCGUGAUGCGACCAUCUUCAACUCGCCCAUCGGCCUGGGCUCCUCGUGGAAUCCGGGCCUGAUCGAGAAGAUGGGCGCGGCGAUCGCGCAAGAGGCGCUCGCUCUGGGCGUGAACCAGAUCUUUGCUCCGGUUGCGGAUCUCGCGCGAGAGCUGCGUUGGGGCCGCGUGGAGGAGACGUUCUCCGAGGAUGGCUUCCUCAGUGGAGAGAUGGGCUACUCGUACAUCAUAGGCAAGAAUUGGCCGAACCCAGGGAUGCAGGCGAACAACGUGAGUGCGAUGGUGAAGCACUUUGCGGCAUUCGGGAGCCCCGAGCAGGGACUCAAUGUCGCUCCGACCCACGGAGGUGAGCGGCAACUCCGUACGACGUAUCUGCCUUCGUAUAAGAGACAGAUCAUGGAUGCGGGUGUCUACGCGAUCAUGUCUGCCUACUCGUCAUAUGAUGGUGUCCCCAUGGUCGCCAACUACCACGUUCUGACGGAGAUUCUGCGAGAGGAGUGGGGAUACCAGUAUUUUGUGACGACUGAUGCAGGAGCAACGGAUCGUCUCUGCAAUGCUUUUAAGAUGUGCCGAGAAAGGCCAGUCGACAAGGAGGCUAUAACGCUCUAUGAGGCAUUACCUGCCGGUAACGACGUGGAGAUGGGUGGGGGAUCCUACAGCUAUUCCAACAUUCCCGAACUGGUCGAGUCCGGGAAGCUCGACAUCGGUAUCGUCGACGAGGCCGUCUCCCGGCAGCUGAGAGCGAAGUUCGCCAUGGGUCUCUUCGAGAACCCCUAUAUGGGGCUCUCAGCCAACUUGACCGCUACGAAAAUCCAUACUCGGGAGAAUAUUGCUCUGGCGCGCGAGAUAGACGCCGAGUCCAUCAUCCUUCUCGAGAACCACGAUGACGUUCUCCCGGUCUCCAAGGAUGCUCACGUGGCGGUCAUUGGCCCUAUGGCUCACGGCUACAUGAACUAUGGCGAUUAUGUUGUGAAUGGAAGCCAGUACCGAGGGGUGACUCCGCUCGAUGGUAUCAGGGCCGCAAGCAGAGGAGUGGUGACAUACGCUCAAGGCUGCGAGCGAUGGUCCAACGACCAGUCCGGAUUCGCAGAGGCCGUCAGCAUAGCAUCAGCGGCCGAUGUAGCUGUCGUCGUCGUUGGAACAUGGUCGCGCGAUCAGUACGAGCUCUGGUCCGGCCUCAACGCCACAACGGGCGAACACAUCGACGUCGCCUCGCUCAACCUCGUCGGCGCCAUGCCGCACCUGGUCCGAGCCAUCAUCGACACGGGCAAGCCCACCAUUGUCGUCUUCUCCUCGGGGAAGCCCAUCACAGAGCCCUGGAUCUCCACCGACGCCUCGGCUCUCAUCCAGCAAUUCUACCCGUCCGAAGAAGGGGGUAAUGCCCUCGCCGACAUCCUGUACGGAGACGUCAACCCCAGCGGGAAGCUGUCCGUCGGAUUCCCGUACGACGUCGGCACGCUGCCCAUCUACUACGACUACCUGAAUUCCGGCCGCCAGACUAACCCCGGGAUGGAGUACCCCAACGGGACGCUCGACUUCGGGUCGAGCUACGUGCUCAACACGCCGGCACCCCUCUACGAGUUCGGGUUCGGCAAGUCGUAUUCCACUUUCCAAUACUCGGAUUUCAAGCUCUCCCAGACCACUGCCACCGCCACCGACACCAUCACGGCCUCCGUCACGAUCACGAACCAGUCUGCGCGAGACGGUAAGGAGGUGGUGCAGCUCUACGUCAAGGAUCUGAUCGCCAGCGUUGAAGUACCCAACAUCCAGCUGAGGGGGUUCUCUAAAGUCUUGGUCAGGGCCGGGGAGUCGGUCUCGGUCGAGAUUCCGCUGAAGGUCCACGAUUUGGGGUUGUGGGACUUGAGGAUGAAGUAUGUCGUUGAGCCUGGAGAUUUCCUGAUUUUAGUCGGGAGCUCGAGUGCGGACUUUAGGGCAAAUGCUACGCUCACUGUAUCGUAG